AUUGCGCAUGCUCAGUACACGAAUCGUCCUGGCAGAUGACAAGGGAGAAUAAAAUUGUUGCAUCUUACUUAUAGUUAUACGUGGCCAUUUCAGCAUCAAGGAUGGCGAAGACAGAACAGAUUUUGAAAUUAACCCCAGAUGGCGAACUUCGCUUCAGAGGACCUUUUACGGAUGUGGUCACAGCUGAGCUGAAACUUUCAAAUCCAUCAGAAAAGAGAGUAUGUUUCAAAGUGAAAACUACAGCACCAAAGCGUUAUUGUGUUCGUCCAAACAGUGGGAUCAUCGAGCCAAAUCAGUCAGUCAGUGUAGCGGUUAUGCUGCAACCAUUUGAUUAUGACCCACAAGAAAAGAAUAAGCAUAAGUUUAUGGUUCAAACCAUGUUUGCUCCAGAUGGCCCUAUCGAGAGUCAAGAACAGCUUUGGAAAGAAGCAACUCCAGACAUGUUGAUGGACUCCAAACUGAAGUGUGUGUUUGAGAUGCCAGCUGACAGCAGUAGUCAGGCCCCUGUUGUAAAGGUAAAAGAGUCAGAAGAUAAGCCACCUUCCAGCAAGCCUGUCAAACAAGUACAGCUUGAAACUUCACCUCCCACAUAUGCAUCCAUAGUUGAUUCAGAAUCAGGAAAAAAGGAUGAGGAUUAUCAGAGACUGCAGGCUGAGAUAAAGAGAUUGACUGAAGAUAAUGCAAAGUUAAAGGAGUCGGAAGUUCGGCUGAGGAAGGUCGCAAUCAGUGACACUGUGUCGUCUUCACCCACAUCCUCCAGUGGCCCCGCCCCCGCCCCCCAGGCCGUACCCAACUUACCACCCAUAGUCUAUCUCAUCAUCGCAUUUAUUUUAGGACUUAUCAUUGGAAAAUUCAUUUUCUGAGACUAAAGACAUCCAAACAAGUUAGUGUGUAGACGGACAUUGAGAGUUGUGGAGAGACUGACUUUGAUAAAGAGAGGACUUGUUCUACCCCCAGAUAUGAAUCGCUUUUUCUCUAUGUAAGGUUUUUUAAGGUUCAACUGAAAUUUAUGCCAGAUAUUUGUUCAGUGUUAUUGUAAUAGUUGAUAUCAUACAGCAGAAGAUUUCAGUUUUGGUACCAAUUUGUUUUGAUUGAUUCCGACUUAUUUGUUAAAUUUGCAUUUUACUGAUUUAUAUAUAUGGAAUGCUGAUUUAUUUGUCAGAAUGUGCACUGGAUACAUUUUUUUCAAACAGAAAAGAGAAACAUGUAAAACAAGUCUUUUAUUCAACUGAUGUGUGAUGAAUUGACUUUUGUUGAUGCAAUAAACUGUAUCAUAAUGUUCGACGUGUGUCAGCAUGUAAGACUGAAAUCACCAUUUCUCUGGCUGAACCUGAGUGUGCAAUGUUAUUGUUUGCCAAGUAGAUGCAUGUUGAUAUUGUUUACUGACUUGUAAUUUAAACUCGUUGACAGAAUUUAGUAGGAGGUCACUGAUAGUUUAUUAUAGGUUAUCCCCCCCACCCCAUUCAGUGACCAUAACAUGUUAUAUACAAUCUUGUUAUUUUAUCCAUAUCUAUACAGUAGUUAAGAGGAGUUAGUCCAAGAGAAGGGGUUUCCUUGCAAAUGUUAUUUAUUCUUUUUUGUUGAAUGAUUUGCUGCUCAAUAAUGUUUUUACUGAGUGUUGGGCAAAUUGAGACUUAUUUUUUAUUCACAAACUGCAAGGUUUAAGAAUGUCAUCCAAAGAAUAAUUGUACAAAUACAAAUACCUGUCCAGGGUUUUUUUUAACAACAAAUCUUGUCAUAUUUGAUUAUCUCAUCAUCUGUAUGUGGGAAUUGGUGGCAUAUUUCAUAAUGUACAUGUAAAUGAAUGUGUAUUCUUUUCUGAAAGCAAAGUAAACCAGUUGAUUGUAAACAAAGAAUAGACAACUAACCAUUGUAAUAUUUACAAUAAAUUGAGAGAUUGGACAGAUA